AUGUUGUUCAAAUUUAUUAUUCUUUUCGUUACGGUCAAUUUAUGUGUCGAAUUAGGCAAUGCCGCAAGAACAAAACAAACUGCUCGUCGUGCCAAUACAACAGCACAAGGACAUCACAGAACUGUAAAUUUUGAUGAAGAUGAAAAACGUGAUCCAAUUGAUUGUGGUGCAAUUUAUCGCAGUCAAGAACGUAAAGGUUUAGAUAUUACCAGUGGUGUUUACAAAAUAUAUCCAGAAGAUAGUGUACCAUUCAAAGUCUUCUGUGAUAUGGAAACUGAUGGCGGUGGUUGGACUGUAAUACAACGUCGAGGUGAAUUUAAACAUCAAGAAGACUUUUAUCAAGGAUGGAACGAUUAUAAAAAAGGUUUCGGAGAUGGUCGAGGUGAAUUUUGGUUAGGAAACGAUAAAAUUUAUACCUUAACAAAUCAACGUAAAUAUGAUUUACGAUUCGAUCUUGAAGAUUACGAGGGAGCAAAACGAUUUGCUCUUUAUUCUGGUUUUCGUAUUGGUGAUGAAUCAACUGAUUACCGAAUGACAUACGAUAAUUUUGUCACAGGUGAUGCUGGUGACUCAUUAAUUGGUGUCUCAUCAGCUGAUAACUUCAAAACUAACGUUAAUGGCAUGAAAUUUACAACUAAAGAUCGAGAUAAUGAUGGAUCAUCAGAAUGGAACUGUGCUCAACAUUAUAAAGGUGGUUGGUGGUAUAACAAGUGUCAUGCCGCAAAUCCAAAUGGUGAACGAAAGAAUAAUAAUUCCGGUGAAGGAAUUGAUUGGUUUACAUGGCAUGGUCUUACCUACUCAUUAAAGAAAAUGGAAAUGAAAAUUCGUCGAUCUAAAUUCAACUUAUAA